CGCAGUGCCAAACAGACAACAGUCCGCCACUGCCGUGCACUGCAGCCGGUCCAGCUCGCCCGGCCGCCCAUCCUGCCCAGCACCGCCGCCAACAUGAUCCGCCAAAUCGUCGCCUUCCUCGCCAUGCUGGCCGUGGUUGCCGCCGCGCCCGCGCCUUACGUGUCCCCCUACGUCGCCGCCGCACCCUACGCCGCGACGUACGCCUCGCCCUACGCCUCGCCCUACGCCUACAGCUCGUACCCCGUGCUCAAGACGGCCGCCUACAGCCCCUACGCCUACAGCAGCUACAGCGCCUACAGCAGCUACCCCGCCGUGGCCGCGGCGGGCGUGUACCCCUACGCCUACGCCCCGUACUCCCCUGUCGUCCUCAUGUGCGUCGUGGCCGCGGCGUCGGCCGGAGUCAUCAGCCCGGUGGCGUACUCCAGCCCCCUGGUCGCCGGCCCCGUCGCCUACUCCAGCCCGGUGGUCGCCGCCCCCGUCGCCUACUCCAGCCCCGUCGCCUACGCCGCCAGGCCCGUCGCCUACUCCAGCCCGGUGGUCGCCGCCCCCGUCGCCUACUCCAGCCCCGUCGCCUACUCCAGUGGCGUUGUGAGGGCCGCCCCCGUGGCUUACUCUGCCCCGGUCGUCGUGGGCUAGACCAACUUCACCGCCAACAACUCGCCAUUUAAAUUAAGAAAUAAACCUAGAUUUACAUCAAA